CGGUGUGUGUCGAGAAGAGAAGGCGUGGGGAGUGUUGCGAAGGUCAGAGGCAGUCUUAGGUCUGCUCGGACGCCAGAGGAGAAGGAGGUGGACUCGGUUGCAGGAGCUGCUCAUGGCGGGACUGGGAGCGCGCAGCGUCUUGGUGACCGGAGCCAACCGCGGGAUCGGCCUGGAGCUGGUUCGCCAGCUCCUGGGCAGCUCCGACCCGCCGCAGUGGCUCUUCGCCUGCUGCCGGGAUCCGGACGGGGAGCGCGGGCAGCAACUGAGGAAACUGGCUUCCAGCCACCCAAACCUGACGAUAGUGAAGUUGGAUGCUACAAAUGUUGCAAGCAUUAAGGAAGCUGCAACAUGUGUCAAGGACCACCUGAAAGACUCGGGGCUGAAUGUGUUAAUAAACAAUGCAGGCAUUUUCAAAGAGGUGACACUAGAAACUGUAGACCUUGAAGACAUGGAAAAUGGAUACAAGACCAAUGUGACUGGGCCAUUGCUAGUGAGCCAGGCUUUCCUGCCCCUGUUAAGAAGGGCAGCCCAAGGAAGCGCACAGAAAGGGCUAAGCUGCAGCAAGGCAGCCAUUAUCAACAUCUCCUCUCUGUUAAGCUCUAUUGAGUUGGUCCCCUUAACCUAUGUCAAGCCUGCAAUCUCCUACCGCUGCAGCAAGGCUGCUCUCAACAUGCUGACUAAGUGCCAAUCUCUGAGUUACAAAGAGGAAGGGAUUUUGUGCACUGUGGUUCAUCCAGGAUGGGUGAAGACGGACAUGGGUGGUCAAGAGGCUCACCUGACUGUAGAUGAGAGCGUGCAAGGGAUCCUCCAUGUGCUUUCCAACCUUGGUGAUGAGUACAGCGGUGCUUUUGUUGACUGGAAGGGAAAGAAACUUCCUUGGUGAACGUCUUUCAAUGGAUCAGUAUUAGGCUGAGAGUCAUAAAAUGAACAAUGUCCCACUUAGUUUUCAAGGCAGAUGCUUGGAGUAUUCAAGAAAUACUGAAAAGGCAGCAUCAUUCAAGUGCCAGAAUCACUUCACGCUAUAAACAAACCUUCCUCUGUGAUGGGAAACCUGUGGCCCUCCAGAAGUUGGUUGGGGUCAAUCUUUCACCAGCUCCAGCCAGUGUGGAAUGAGAUUAUAACGCUUUCCAAGGCAAGGUAUUCACUGUUUUUCAAGUUGGCUUAACAUCUUUUCUGGGAAACCUGAUAGAAAACAUCAUUCAAGACAAAAUUGCUAAGCAUUAAAAAAGGUAAAGGUGUCCCCACACUUAUAGUGUGAGUCGUUUCCAACUCUUAGGGUGACGUCUUGUGACAUUUACUAGACAGACCGUAUAUAUGGAGUGGGAUUGCCAGUUUCUUCCCCGGCCUUUCUUUACCCCCCAGCAUAUGCCGGGUACUCAUUUUACCGACCACAGAUGGAUGGAAGGCUGAGUGGACCUCAACCCCUUUUACCGGAGAUUCUACUUCCUCCUUCCAUUGGAAUCGAACUCUGGCCGUGAGCAGAGCUUUUGUCUGUGUUACCGCCGCUUACCACUCUGCGCCAUUAGGGAUGGAAAAAAUCUGUUAAUUUCGGUUUUCUUAUUUUCCCAAUCUUAAAUUCAGUUCUCCACAUUUUUGCAGCAAUUUGGUUUUUGUUUAAAUCCUCAUGAAAAUUCUCCAGUAUGUUAGUGUGAAUUUUUCCUAAUAAACACAUUUUUGU